UGUACUGUACAAAAAACAGAGCAGCACAGAGCAGCGUGGUAAACAAGUCAAGCAGUCGAGGGGAGCACCACAGUUCGUCACGAAAAUGUCUCGAAGAAGGCUGUUAAAUAUCAGCUACGAUUUGUGGCAGAAAGCCAGUAGUGCUAGAUUAAAAAACCCAGUCGCUUUCUGCGCAAGCUUUGCAACGAGUUCGACCCAAAACGAACAGAAAUGCUGCAAAGAUGGACAAAAGUGUGCAACAAACACAGUGACCGCGCAGCACAGACACCACCAUGGCAGUGGGAAAGCGAAGACCGAGGAAUCUUUCCCUAAAUCUGGGAGAUCGUUUUCUUCGACCGCCCCACAGAUCGACCAGAAAACUUACUUAUGGGCGAGAUACAACGAAAUGAAGCGCCUGGUGCACGAUUUGAUUCCUCCUGGAGUGUGUAGCCUUCUUAACCCCUCCACUAUCUAUGCCAACAACGAAGUGAACUUGGAUGAGGUGGACAUCUAUGGUUUUGAUUAUGAUUACACCCUGGCACUCUACUCAAAUACUCUUGAUGAGAUGAUCUACAACAAAGCCAGAGAGUUUCUUAUAGAGCACUACAAGUAUCCUCAAGGUAUCAGCAAAUACAGAUAUAUCCCCAACUUCGCAAUUCGAGGCCUUCAUUAUGAUAUCCAGAAGGGACUGCUGAUGAAAAUAGAUGCUUUCCAUUACAUUCAGCUAGGCACUGUGUAUAGGGGUCUGAAGCCUGUUCCAGAUGAUGAGGUCAUGCAGUUGUAUGGAGGCUCUAAUCACAUCCCUCUCCACCAAGUCAGCGGCUUCUAUGGAAAGGGACCCAGGAUGAAGCAGUUCAUGGACGUGUUUUCCAUCCCAGAGAUGACACUUUUGGCUUCUGUUAAUGACUAUUUUAUCUCCAAUGACAUAGAAUAUGACCCCGAGCACCUCUACAAAGAUGUGUCUGAAGCUGUUGGUAUGGUGCAUAUCAAGGGGUACAUGUACAAGUGGGUCAUGCAAGAUUUAGAGAAAUAUAUCCUCAGAGGAGAUGAGACCUAUGCAGUGCUGCAUCGACUUGCCAGCCACGGGAAAAAGCUUUUCCUUAUUACCAAUAGCCCCUUCAGCUUUGUAGACAAGGGCAUGAAGCACAUGGUGGGAAAAGACUGGAGGGAUUUCUUCGAUGUUGUUAUUGUUCAAGCUGAGAAGCCACACUUUUUCAAUGACUGUGUGAAACCUUUCAGAAGACUGGACAGUAAUGGUGUCCUCCAAUGGGACAAGAUCAAGCGUUUGGACAAAGGGCAGAUUUACAAACAGGGAAACCUUGUUGAUUUUCUGAAACUGACAGGGUGGCGUGGAUCCAGAGUGCUCUAUUUUGGGGACCAUCUUUACAGCGACUUGGCAGACUUAAUGCUGCGCCAUGGCUGGCGGACUGGUGCAAUUGUUCCUGAGCUGGAGGUGGAGACAAAGGUGGUGAACACUGAGCAGUAUGCACAGAGUCUUACCUGGCUUCAGGCUCUCACCGGCCUUCUGGAGCGUAUGCAGAUGUAUCGUGAUGCAGAGUCCAAAAAAGUCCUUGAAGAAUGGCAGAAAGAGCGGGAAGAGUUUCGGGCUGUCACCAAAAACCUGUUCAACCCGCAGUUUGGCAGCAUCUUCCGUACAUGCCACAAUCCUACCUACUUUUCUCGCAGACUUUGCCGUUUUUCUGACCUCUACAUGGCCUCCAUCAGCUGCCUUCUGAACUACGAUCUUUCGUACACUUUCUACCCGCGACGCACUCCUCUGCAGCACGAGGCACCUCUCUGGAUGGACCAACUCUGCACUGGGUGCAUGAAGACGCCGUUCCUGGAGGAGAUGGCCCACAUACGCUAAAACAGUUUGCUGUAUGCGCUGUCUAGUGACGCACAAAUUUAACUCGACUUACGAACUUGCCAUGUGUUACAAAUUGUCGUGUAAAUCAGGGUAAAGUUAUAGAUGAGUGCAGAGCAUAAAAAUUGAUCAACAGUCAUUGAAUGUCAGUACUUCAACCCCAAGUGUAAGGCAGAAACCAACCUCUCAUGGUGUUUAAUUUAAAGUGCUGAUCUUUAGGGUCAUUUUCUAUUUAAGCGAGUGUUCCGAUCAUAACUGCACCAUCUACUGGAACAUCUGUUACGCUGCAUCGUCAGCAUUUACAAGGACCAGAAAUGGAAUCCUGAUGUUUGGCUUGUGACGCACAAUUGUGUUCAGUUUUUUUUAGGAAGUUCUUUACAAUGGCAUUGACUGCCUGUUUUAUUUUUAUCUGUUCUACAAGGUACAGUGUAAAAACAUUGCAUGCUUUGGGCUUGCUUUUUGUUUUUCAGGUAAAAGUAAGAGAAGUGCACAAAAUGGUGUAUAUAAUAGUGUUCUUCAAACACUUUUUUUUUUUUUUUUUUUUUUAACCACGGUGUACUUAACGUCAGGGGUGCUGUGCACAGUUGUCAUUCUGGACCUUUUUUAUUUUCUUAAAUGGUCUUUUUGGGCCCAAUGUCCACUAAGGGUCCUCAGCUUCUUCCCCACAAACCAAGUAUAAGCAUUAGUUGUUAAACUAACCGAUUGAAUGGCACAUCAUGUCCGUUAGCUAUUAUCAACAGUGUUAAUUUGUUUAUGUUUUGAUAUUCUUUACAAAGUCUUAGCAUUGGUUUGUCAAACUAACCAAUUAAAAUAGCACAUCCCAUAUAUUAAUAGCUGUUCUCUACAACUUCAAAUAAAAAAGAGAAUUUGUCA